AUGGCGGUAGGGCAUGCCGCGGCGGCGAUCGGCGGCGGGGACGGGGCGGGGGGUCAGGCGACAUCGGAGGAGCCGCUGCCAGCGGAGGGGGUGCCGGCGGCGAUCACCAUGGAAGGGGAUGAGGCGGAGGAGGAGGAGGAGGAGAAAUGGCUGAAUCAUUACUCGUCGAUGCAGAGUAUACUGAUCGUCGGCGACGGGGACUUCUCCUUCUCGCUGGCUCUGGCCACCGCGUUCGGCUCCGGCGCGAACCUGGUCGCAACGUCUCUCGACACCUAUGAGGUGCUGAUGGGCAAGUACAGCAAAGCGGAGUCAAAUAUAAUGGAGCUGAAAAUACUGGAGGCCACGGUUUUGCAUGGUGUUGACGUGAAAGGAAUGAAAUUUCACACUGACCUGAGGAACAGACGGUUCGAUCGGAUUGUCUUUAAUUUUCCUCAUGCUGGCUUCAGAGGACCUGAGGACCAGGUCCAUAUGAUCAAUUUGCACAAGGAGCUGGUGAGGGGGUUUUUCCGCAAUGCAUGCAACCUACUUAUGUCUUAUGGUGAAAUCCAUGUUAGCCACAAGACAGGACAUCCAUAUGAUAGAUGGGAUCUUGAGCACUUAGCCUCGGAGUCUUCGCUUAUUAUGUUUGAUAAAGUUGAUUUCCAAAAGGCAGACUAUCCUGGGUAUAACCAAAAGAGAGGAGAUGGUCGAAAGUGCGAUCAACCUUUCAAUCUUGGUACUUGUUGCACAUUCAAGUUCCAAAUUGGAGAGUUGAAGAAGCGGAAGAAACUGAAUUGGAGCAGGGCUGGGUCAAUCUCAUCCAUUGGAGGCAACGUCCAUCUUGACAAAUUGGCAACCGACACAAGGCCAUUUCAUCUGCCUUGGCUACAUUUUUCUCCACCGUUCAACACAGCUCGCAUGGCGGUGACUCUGCAGCCUCAUGUAGUUGCUCAAAGGCAACAGCCAGGUUUUCUACUAAACUUCAAUGGCACCGUGAGAGCUCUUUCGCUUCAUCAACAAAGCACUGUCCUGCCAAUGCUCAGCGUCCCAGGGCCAUCGCUGAAUGAUUUACCUGCUCCAGUGGUCAUCCCUCCACCAAUGGGCAGAAUCGCAUGUCCCAAUCUCCUUGCACCUCAGGAGCAGCCUUGGUAUAAGCAGAGAACUAUUACUGAUCUGCCAGGAAGAGAUAUCUACUCUUACUUUGAAUACCAAAGGUGUGUGCAGAGGGAGCAAGAAAUGCAGAGGCAAGCGAUGAUGCCUGGAGCAAACGGCUUGAACUAUUCUUCUGCCUUCUUGGAAGAUCGCCGCAGGGAAUCUGUUCAGAAGCAGGAGUGGUUGCGCAGGAAGAUCGCAUUGCGCAGUCGGCAGUGA